CAGAUGCUAUAAUAUCUCUGUUGACCAUCAUCUCCGUUAUGCCGUAUGAUCUCUCUGCUGACCCCUGCGACAACUACACUGUGCUGGACAACGCUUGGAGAGCCACCAACUAUACUAACUCCACCUACAAUUGUGAUAAGAAUUUAAAGUGGGUCGGCUGGUAUCGGCUUUACCUUAAUGGCCAAAAUGCUCAAAUGUCAGAAUCUUGUGUUGUUAGAUCGAGGUGUGGUACUUAUAUCCCACUGUGGCUAAGAGGUGGACACCCAAAACCUGAGGAUGGAGUGGUCACCAGAGAUGUUUGUGGUCAUGAGGGUUACUGCUGCAAUUUUCAGUCAUAUCCCAUUAGAGUUAAAGCCUGCACAGGUGGUUAUUAUGUCUAUGAGUUUGUUACACCAACUAGAUGCAAUAUGGCAUACUGUGCAGACCCCUGCAACAACUACACUGUGCUGAAUGAUUCAAGAAGAUCCACCAACUAUUAUUCUUCCUCCUCCAUGUGUGACAGAGAUGUCAGUUGGGUCGGCUGGUAUCGACUUUACCUUAAUGGCCAGAGCACUCGAAUGCCAGAAACAUGUGUUGCAGUGAAUAGAUGUGGUACUAAAACCCCACUGUGGCUAAAUGAUGGACACCCAAAACCAGAGGAUGGAGUAGUCACCAGAUAUGUUUGUGAUGACCUCUCUACUGACCCCUGCUACAACUACACUGUGCUGGACAACGCUUGGAGAGCCACAAACUAUUCCACCAAUUCUUCCCCCUCCAAGUGUGACAGAAAUGUCAACUGGGUCGGCUGGUAUCGGCUUUACCUUAAUGGUCAGAACGUUCGAAUGCCAGAAACAUGUGUUGAAAAACAAAGGUGUGGUACUGAUGUCCCACUGUGGCUAAGAGGUGGACACCCAAAACCUGAGGAUGGAGUGGUCACCAGACAUGUUUGUGGUCACUAUGACAAUUACUGCUGCUAUUAUGAGUCAUAUCCCAUUAAAGUCAAAGCCUGCACAGGCGGUUAUUAUGUCUAUGAGUUUGUUAAACCAGCUACAUGCAAUAUGGCAUACUGUGCAGAUGUUGACAGCAUGAACAAAACCUACAUAAGUGUCAUGCCAGCGAUCACCACAUCUGAUAUGAAUGUCUUUGUUCAUGAAUUUCAAUUCAUCAAACUUUUCAGAUCUCAAGAGCACUAUUUCCACUUAUACAACUGUCACACCAGCAGUCACCACAUCUGGGUCACAACUGCCACAGUGUUGGGUGAUGACAGUGAGGAAACCUCAUCUAUACAGAAUCUCCUUGACCAGAUAGAGAAUUUUACUGUUCUCAAUUUAACGAAUGUUACCAUGUUCAUGGACAAGGUUUUCAGCACUUCAGAGAAGAUAAACACAUCAUCAGAUGACCCAAAGAAACUAGCAUCAGAUGUCUUAAAAGCCAGUGAGAAGCUCGUGUCAAUGUUGGCGAAGCCAACAAACACCUAUGACAAUGUCAGUUUCAGUCAUGCAGCUGUGGAGGCGCAAGUGUUUGUGGUUGGACCACAGGCCAACCUUGAUAAAAUCCCUCAGCUCAACACAUCAAAUGCUUCUAUAGACAUCGAUCUUAUUGGGAUUGCCAGGAAUAAUUUGAAUUCAGCUGCUGUGGCUUUCAUGAGUUACAAUACAAUGGAGGACCUACUGAAACCUGACUUCUUCAACACAUCAGAUGACACAAAUAAAACAAUGAUUUCCACUGUCAUCUCUGCUACUCUUCUUACAACCACCAACAAAACCCUCACAAAACCAGUCAAUUUCACCCUCAAACACAUCAGAGAGAUAAACAACCGUGGUAAUCUUUCCUGUGUGUACUGGAACAUCAGUGAGUGGAUUGUAGAUGGUUGUUCUGUUGUAAAGACCAACAGCAAGUUUACUGUGUGUUCAUGUCUUCAUCUGUCAACAUUCGCUCUUAUCAUGCAAACCAACAGAAGCCCAUCAGAGGAUAAUAGUCAGCCGAUGGAGUCGAUGAAUGUGGUGUUUGUGAUCGUGGGUCUGGUGUUUAAUAGUUUGGCUCUGUUGACUUUUGCUUUCUGUCGAUGGAAACCUGGCGUGAAGAAUGUAGCUCGAAUCAACCUCUGCAUCAGUCUGCUGUCUGCUCAUCUUCUGUUCUUACUCACACAACAAUUCAUCAAUCUCAUAAAACCUCACAAGGAGUUGUGUGCUGUGAUAUCAGGAGCUCUUCACUUCUUCUUUCUCUCCUGCUUUGUGUGGAUGUUCAUUGAAGCUGUGCUGCUCUUCAUCUGUGUGAAGAAUAUAUCACAGAUCAGCUCCAGACAGAGGGCGAUGCUUAACAAGGGAUUCUUGAUUGUGAUUGGUUAUGCGGUUGAUUUUGUUAUAGUGGGUGUGUCUGCUGGACUGGUUCCUGAAGGCUACGGCAGUGAAAAAUGCUGGAUUAAAGUGGAGAGAGGCUUCAUCUGGAGUUUUCUGGGACCUGUUUGCUUUAUUCUUGCAAUAAACACGGUUAUCUUCAUCAGUAUCUUCAUCAGUCUGAACUUAACUCUCAAAAACCUUAACCUUGACGUUUCACACAUGAGACAAACCAAGAUUACGGUUUUUAAAACUCUGACCCAGUUUGUGAUUUUUGGUGGUCCCUGGAUUCUGGGUUUCUUCGUUAAUAACAGUAAGAUGAUCGAGAUUCUCUUCCUGAUCCUGAACUCACAGCAAGGAACCUUCAUCUUCCUGGUCUACUGUGUCCUCAAUAAUGAGGUUAGACAACAGUAUGUGAAGUGGAUAAGAGCUGUUUUUCCCGGACUCUAA